ACCUGCCAGCAGCAGCCAUGGCCAGCAGCUUCUCCCGGAUUCUGUCCUCCAAGCGGAGCCUCGGGAUCCUGUCGGUGGUCGGAGGCUCCGUCACCGCCGGGCUCCUCCUCCACCGGGAGCGCGCCAGCGCCGGGGCCCCGGUGCGCCGCAGCUACCCCGCCAGUGCGGAAUACCCCGACCUGCGCAAACACAACAACUGCAUGGCCAGCAGCCUGACACCCGCCAUCUACGCCAGACUGUGUGAUAAAGUCACUCCUAAUGGCUACACGCUGGACGCCGCCAUCCAGACGGGCGUGGACAACCCCGGACACCCGUUCAUUAAGACCGUGGGCAUGGUGGCGGGAGACGAGGAGUCCUACGAGGUGUUUGCUGAAUUGCUGGACCCGAUCAUCAAAGAGAGACACAACGGCUACGACCCCAAAGCCAUGAAGCACCCGACUGACCUGGAUUCCAGCAAGAUUCAGGCAGGCCAGUUCGACGAGCGCUACGUGCUGUCGUCCAGGGUCAGGACGGGCCGCAGCAUCCGCGGGCUGAGCCUGCCGCCCGCCUGCACCCGGGCGGAGCGCAGGGAGGUGGAGAGGGUGGUGGUGGACGCCCUGAGCGGCCUGAAGGGCGACCUGGCCGGGAAGUACUACAGCCUCACCCUGAUGACGGAGCAGGAGCAGCAGCAGCUCAUUGAUGACCACUUCCUGUUCGACAAGCCGGUGUCCCCCCUCCUGACAUGUGCAGGCAUGGCUCGUGACUGGCCCGACGCCCGCGGUAUCUGGCACAACAACGAGAAGACUUUCCUGAUCUGGAUCAACGAGGAGGAUCACACCAGGGUCAUCUCCAUGGAGAAGGGAGGCAACAUGAAGAGGGUGUUUGAACGGUUCUGCAGAGGCCUGAAGCAGGUGGAGCACCUGAUCCAGGAGAGGGGGUGGGAGUUCAUGUGGAACGAGAGGCUUGGCUACAUCCUCACCUGCCCCUCCAACCUGGGCACAGGGCUGAGGGCCGGGGUCCACGUCAAGCUGCCCCUGCUCAGCAAGGACGCCCGCUUCAGUAAGAUCCUGGACAACCUGCGUCUGCAGAAACGAGGAACAGGCGGCGUGGACACUGCGGCGGUGGGCGGGACCUUCGACAUCUCCAACCUGGACCGCCUGGGCCAGUCGGAGGUCCAGCUGGUGCAGACCGUGAUUGAUGGCGUCAACUACCUGAUUGAGUGUGAGAAGCGGCUGGAGAAGGGCCAGGACAUCAAGGUCCCCCCUCCCAUCAAGCAGUUCAAGUAGAGCCUGAAUCUUUAUCUCCACUACACACACUCACACAGCUCUGGGCACACACCCAUGCACAAACCCAUCACUCUGUGCCCAUAGAUAUU